AUGGCAAAUCCAGAAUGGCCCCCUAGAUCUCCCCAUGAUGUCCUAAAAAUAAGCACCCCAGGAAGCCGCGAUCGACUUCGACGUUUGGCAGGUCGCGUCUCACCUUCGCCGUCGCCAUUGAAGCGUUCAACGAUGUCUAGGAAUACGGGAAAACAGCUUAUGGGGUCCGAUGCAGAGGACGAUGAGGAGGAGGACGAGGAGACACUUCAGUUGCAGUUACAGGAGAUACAGGCGCGGCUGAAAUUGAAGAGAUUACAGAAGAGAUCAAAGCAGACCUCAGAUACAGAGAUUGAAAGUUCCAGGGCGACAUCAACACAAUCGGACAGGUCGAAAUCCGCUCUAGCAAGCCGGGCUCAGUCGAGACGAGCUGAACGGAGAGAUGAAAUGCUGGAGAGGUCCAGACCAGCACCAGAAAUACAUGUGCCGGUAUCCCCGAUACGAAGGACGCAGCCCCCGAUUAUUCAGCGGUCCCCUGGAAGAGUGCUGCUAGGAAUAGACAAGGGACUCAAAGGGAGCGACAUAUCUCUCAAACGAGCGCCGAGUCUGAGGAAGAGAGACGAUAUCUCCCAGGAUAGGUUUGCAGGACCCUUUCUACAAAGAACAGGCUCCCCAGCCAGCAGCCGUGCCAAUGGAGCAACGUCUUCGCGGAGUACAUCCAAUGGGGAGCGAACGAUGUCGUUUAGCGAACGUAUGGCAGCAGUCAGGUCAGAGGAGGCUAGCAAGCAGGAGAGGGAAGCCCGGAUCAAGAGGAAUCGAAGUACCGGAUUCGAUGUUGAUCACCAGAAGAUGCAAAGUUUCAAGGAGAAUGCGGUCGAACUUCCAGACAAACCUCGAGAAGCUCCGCAGUUCAGCAGAGAAGAAGUUCUGGGCAUCAAACCAAGGGGCAUAUCACCUAGCAAAAGUGCUCCACAUCUACAGUCCGCCAUGAGGACUGUGAGUUCAGACACUACGACUUACAAGUCAGAAUCUCGAGCUUCAGCUUCUUCGGCCAAACCUCCGCCACAUGUGACGCCAGGCAUGGCCAAAAAUCCGGAGGAAGUCACGGAGUCUGAAUGCGAGGCAUCCCAGUUCGAGCCAUACUCAGCUCAGCAUCUUUCAAAACGGAUUAUUCCUCACCGGGAGCUUACACGUAUGAUAUCUGGAAAGAAAACAUUCCUGAUUCCAGAUCUACUGAGGACAGUGAAAGCUCCGAAUUUUGACGGACCAGAUAUUGAGGAGGAUAUGGUAGUGUUUGCCAUAAUCGCCAAGAAAACGGAUCCGAAAUCACAUCAGCCGAACCCCAACGCAAAAACGCAAAAGAAGGGCAAAUUCAUGGUUAUGGGCCUGACAGAUCUCAAAUGGGAGCUUGAUCUAUUUCUGUUUGAUACUGCUUUUGACAAAUUUUGGAAAUACACGCCUGGGACAAUCAUAGCGAUCCUGAAUCCCCUGUUCAUGCCCCCGCAGAAAGGCAAGGAAGCGACAGGAAAAUUCAGUCUGACUUUGAACUCUGACGCAGAUACUGUCCUUGAGGUUGGAAACGCUAGAGAUCUCGGCUACUGCAAGAGCAUCAAGAAGGAUGGCAAAACCUGUGGUUCCUGGGUUGACAAGCGGCACACGGAAUUCUGUGACUACCAUGUAAACAUCUCUCUCGACAAGACGCGGGCAGGGCGAAUGGAAGUGAACUCCAUGAACUUUGGCAAAGGCCGCUUUGCAGGCGGUGGAGGCACGGGCGGACGGAAUUUCUAUGCCCAUACCAAGAAGAAGGAAGAGGAGAAGCAAGUCCGUUAUGAUCGAGAGAGCCACUCUCAGAUCUUCAUUGGCAAGAAGAGCACUGUCAGUAUGCUCGACGACGUCGACUUCGAUCCUGAUGCGUUCCACCGCGGCAGCACGAAAGAGGAGCGCAUGACUCGGCGCAUCUUGGCCAAAGAGAAGGAACGCGAGCUGGAGCGGAAGCUCGCACACAUGGGCGACGGCCAGGGCGCAGAAUACAUGCGUCGGCGAGAUUCUGCUGCCGAGGCUCGCAGCGAUGUCCAAUCCUCACGGCCCGUUUCUCCGCCCGAUGCAGGCAAGCUCGGUCUGCUCGGUGGGAAAGCGGCGGACGUGGCCUUGAGCCCGAUCAAGCGCAAACGGUCGCACACCAUCUCGAGCAGUGCUGCUGUCGGCUGGGGAUCGAACCUCACGAAACAGCUGGGGAAGAUGAAGGAGGGACAGAAUGUCAGCAGCAAGGGUCACGAACCCGUCAAGAAGAAGACGCGGUUCGUCACGGCGAAGGGCAUCCGCGAGGCCGGGAGGGACAGCUUUGGGGGAGAGGUCGUUGGCAAGGCGACGUCGACGACGACGAUUGAUGACUUUAAUGACAGCGAUGAUGAUUUGGACAUUGUCAGGGAGUGA